UCCAUUCCAGGCUUCAUUUCUUUUUCCAAAGACUCGCCUCUAGGGAGCACAGAGAGAACCAUGUGCACAAAGUGCUUGUCCAACCUGCAGCAAUGGAGGCAUGCUUUGACUUCAGCCAGCAAGAACAAGCCUUGCCAGAGAAGCCCCACAGAAGGAAAUGCUCAUGGUCCAUCCUGUCAGGCAUGAAAAGACUCUGUGUCUGUAGCCAAUCUGACACCUCGAUGGCAGAUAGGGAAGAGGAGAGAACAAUUUCCUCACAAAGAAGGUGGACGCACUUGUCUCGCAAGAAGAUAGCAGCUGAGAACCAGGGGGAGUCAGAGGAGGUGAAGCUGCAGGAUGAUACAGGAAAAGUUGAACUAGAUCGUACAGGGACGAAGAAGGAGGCAUCUGAGUCGCAAGGGAAGUGGGAAAAAGGGAGCCCAGAAGAGCAGGAAGAAGAGCGCACUCCCAGCCCCUCAUUACCAAGCAGCUCCCAUAUGACCAUUACCCCCAGGGAGCAGCUUCCCUCAGCCCAGCUCCAAGACCCACUGAUGAGAGUCCUGAAGGGUCUGACAACACCCACCCUGGAGCGAUUUCAAGCCGCCGAGGAAGAGCUGAGGACCAUUGUAUCUCUACAGGCAGACAAGAUGGAGAGAGUAAGAGACUCCCACCGUGGGGCAGGGGGAUGCUGCGCAGAGAGGGGGAGGGGAGAAUUUCCUCUCCUAGGAAACCGUUCUUUGGACACACGGACAUGGUGCUGUGAAGGUCGGCUCUGCCCCUUUCCAUUCAUGGCUUGGCCACAGGGAUCUGCGGCAUGUGCCAUUGAGCUGUGGAAGGCCUUGGGUGAAGAACCACAGCUCCCCAGGGAGGUGCUGCAGCAGCUGCUGGACAAGCUCCAGCAGAGACGCCGGGAGGAGAAGAGCGGCAAUGUGUCUCUGACUGCAAUGAGGACCAUUUACGAGGUCCUUUUCCUAUGGGGAUACCGAGAAGUCAUCCUGGAAAUGUAUCCCCAGAUGCUCAUCCUCUGCGUGAGUCACACUCACUCAUCUGAUGCCGUCCACAGGCCAGCUGCUUGCGCUACACGCACGUCAGUUGAGGCUGUGAAGACUCUUUUUUCCAUGCCUGCAUACUGGAAGGAAUUUGCCAGCAUCGAGUUUCAGCAGGGUUGGGACAUGAUAGCCUCCCGCAAUUACUACUCGCAUGUUGUUGGCGUGAUUGCAAGAGCCAUGAUCGAGUUUGAGAACCCUCAGCUCCCUGCAAUUUUCAGACAGGCCGUCACCAUUGUCCAAAGGGAGGAGGAGGAGGAGGAGCAGAGAAAUAUCUCCAUGACUUUCUGCACUGAGAUGAAAUUCAGUAGUUGA